AACAGAGGCCCUUUUGCAGUGGCACGGGCUUACUGCAACGACCACAAUGAAUCAGGCUCUGCAAAGGAACCUUUGGAUUUACGGAUUCAGUUCAAAAGAACAGGGGUUCCCCACGAAACACCGUGGUCAAAAAUCUUGGCACAUUUCUCGUCCCAUUGUCAAAAUAAUCCAACCGUUUCGUCUAGCAUUUCUGUCCAUCCAUUAAUACAUACAGCACGCGGUUGGAUAUGGCUACUUCACAGACAGAACAACUCGCCUCGACGGGCCAGUUUCACAGCUCUCAUGAGACGGAUCGCGGGCAGGGCGCCCAAUUGGAGCAACUGAAAGUCGAAGAUGGUCCUGACCAGCGCAAUCCAGUAUCUGAUGCGCAUAGACACCUCUUCGUCACCAACAUGGCUCUCUGGUUUGCCGGUCUGGGUAUUCUCAUUGUCGGUAUCGUUUGCUGGACCCAAGCAGCUCGCCAUAUUGCUCUAGGCUCGGCCAUUUGCGCCACCAUCUUGGGUGGUAUUCACUUGCCCUUGAUGGGCCCGGUCACCAGGCAGAGAUCACCGACCGACCCACGCCCUAGCGCAAAAUAUAUCUGGUUCUUGUACAUCGAUGUGCUGCUUUGGCUGGCAACAACAUGCCUUCUUUUUGUUCAGUAUGCUAUCAACGACAACGUACCGGGCGACACAUUUACCAAGAGAGACGUUGGAAAGUAUCCCAACCAUCGCGACACUCGCUUGGCGCAAGCCGCAGUAGCUGGAGGUGUAGUGAGCAUACUCGCCUUCCUCGUUUCCAUCUGGGCCAUCAUCCUGACCCGUAGAUUGACUCACCAGACGUUUUCCGCCAAGGACGUUAAUGCGAACUGGGAAGCAUCGCUUCGUUCCUACUUCACUCCUCGAAAGGUGACGCAGCCCAGUAGGCGUGUAUAUGCCGAGUACACCUACAAGCGUGACCAAGUAUAAAAUGGCUUUUGGGGGUAUACGGAGUUAAGAUGGGUUUGUUAGUCGCGAAUCAUUAGUCGUAGAAAUCUGCGACAGCACGGUUUACAAGCGUCGAUUUAGACGGAGGUUCACAAGUUGUUUGAUGGAACGAAUAACGAUUGCAUCAACAGAUUAGAAUUUACAUUUAUAUUACUGUUUAUUUAUUUCUCAUUUCGCUUCUCGUCGAGUGAGAUGCAAAGAGCCACCAUCAGCGCCUUGUCCACGCCCGGCGCAACAGUGACAGCAUAUGUCUGCUGACCGCCAAAGAACUCGCGCUUAUUGAAGAACUUGCGAUCAAUAACAGCAGCAAUAGGACCGCUCUUAUCUUCACCUAGAAUAAUUUCGGCGGUCGAGUCGAGCCAAUCGCCUCGCAUCGUAAAUGUGUGCACUUGGCCAUCCGGAGCUGUAAAUGUGCCUGUGGCCUUGGAGCCAAAC